AUGGCACGAAGGAGACAGAUUGGAGACCUGUGGUCGGUUCCAGACGACUGCUUGUCUCUGGUGGGCGUCGCUGGGGUGUGGCUUCCAGUCGGAGAAACUGUGUUUAAAAAGACUCUCGAAUGCACCGAGAGCCCGGAGCAGCUCAUCCAGAGGGGCUCGUUCCACAUGAAGGACAAAUCAGCUUUCAGCAAGGAACAACCUGACUCUGACCUGAAGGACAAAAGCGAACCAGCGAGAUCCACGUCCGACUCCAGACCCUGGAGGAUGAACCCGACACCAGCCAUGGAAAUGAACGAGAGGGGAGUGAACACCACGGGACUCGUUCAGCCUCCGUCAGGGAUGAGCGGACCAGUUCUCCUCGGAGGCUUCGGCUCCACCACCUCCUCUCUGGAGGUCGGAGGUCGGAUGUCCUGGCCGAGCAGCAACCCUCUGGACCUCAACCAGACCCUGCCGUGGGGGGGCGUCGGCCUCGGGGUCGGCGCCGGCGGCGUCGGUGCGGCGGCCAUGAGCGCAGGAGUGGACAACUUCACCCAGGAGUCGGUCACCAGGGACGGACUCCUGAUGAAGGACAAGAACUGGCCGGCGCUGCUCAUCCUCGUCAUCAUCGCUCUGACGAUCGGAGGGAACAUCCUGGUGAUCCUGGCCGUGUCGCUGGAGAAGAAGCUGCAGAACGCCACCAACUUCUUCCUGAGGUCGCUGGCGGUGGCCGACAUGCUGGUGGGCAUCCUGGUGAUGCCCAUCUCCCUCAUCAACAUCCUGUAUGACUACGCCUGGCCCCUGCCCAGCGCCCUGUGUCCCAUCUGGAUCUACCUGGACGUGCUGUUCUCCACCGCCUCCAUCAUGCACCUCUGCGCCAUCUCGCUGGACCGCUACGUCGCCAUCCGCAACCCCAUCGAGCACAGCCGCUUCAACUCCAGGACCAAGGCCAUGAUGAAGAUCGCCGCCGUCUGGACCAUAUCCAUAGGUGUGUCCAUGCCCAUCCCCGUCAUCGGCCUCCACAACGAGGACAAGGUCUUCGUCAACGGCAGCUGUGUCCUCAACGAGGAGCGCUUCAUGCUGAUUGGCUCCUUCGUGGCCUUCUUCAUCCCACUGGUCAUAAUGGUGGUAUCGUACUGCCUCACCAUUCAGGUGCUCCAGCGGCAGGCCACUGUCUUCCUAUACGAGGCCAAGGCUUCCUCCCAGAAGCCUUUGCACACGCCAGCGAUGACUCACACACUGCAGCCUCCGUCCAGCACCUUCCACCUUCCUCAGAUCAACACCACUGCACCGCCAGAGUCGCCAGAGUCGCCAGAGUCGCCAGACGUGAAGCCGCCGCCCACUCCGAGCAGACGCAACACGCUGAGCUGCCUGAAAGGAGCCGAGACGAGCAUCCUCCUCAGCGUCUCCAAGUCCGACAGCAUCAGCAUCAUCCCCAGCUCCGAGGCGGCGUCCACGCUCAGCUCGCCGGCCGCCGGCCCGGGGCGGAGCGACACGUCCGGUUGCCACGGGCGACGGGGGAUGAUGCAGGCCAUAAAGAACGAGAGACGAGCCUCCAAGGUCCUGGGAAUCGUCUUCUUCCUCUUCCUCAUCAUGUGGUGUCCCUUCUUCAUCACCAACGUGACCUCCGUCCUGUGCGGCGGCUCCUGCAACGAGUCGCUGCUCCACGACCUCCUGAACGUCUUCGUGUGGGUGGGCUACAUCUCCUCGGGGGUCAACCCGCUGGUCUACACGCUCUUCAACAAGACCUACAGGAGAGCGUUCUCCAGCUACAUCCGCUGUCAGUACAAGGUGGGCGCCGCCGCCGGACAGAGCUGCAAAACCCUCCUGGUCCCGCCCCCCUGCCCCUCGCACGCCGUGACCCCGCUGCUCACGGGCGGCCACGGGAAGGCGGGGGGCGUGGACCGCAACAGUAACUGUCGCAACGGCAGCCGGGGGGGCAACGGGCGGCUGGCGGUCGACCCGGAGGACACCACGGACGACGAGAAGACGGAAAUUGGAAUCGUGUCGCACAGCUUCUCGGAAAGCUUCACCGCGGGGGGGCUGUCGGAGGCGGAGACGGAGCUGUCGCUGAUCAGCUACAGGCCGGCGUCCACGGAACUCACCAGCAGCGUGUGA